AUGUUACAAUGGAAUCCAUGUGGAGAAGUGGAUCAAUCUUGUAUUCAAAGCGAGGAAAUUUGGGGUGGAACUACUUAUGCACUUGCUUCUUUCUACAUACUUAUGAACCAACGGAGACAAGGUUUUGAGACCGCUCAAGGCUGGUAUCAAAGUUGUUGGGAGAAGUUUGGUUUACAGUAUCAAACACCGGAAGCAAUUACAGAUAGAUAUUAUCGUGCGAUUGGAUAUAUGCGUCCACUGGCUAUUUGGGCUAUGCAGUGGGCAUUGGAAAUGAAAAAAUCGAAUAUGUGA